AUGGACGCCACACACAGCAUGUUUUGUCGUCAAAACGAUUUGAUCAACCCUCUGAGCUCAAUGGGCAUGCAAGUCUCCUGCAUUCUCGUCAUCUCACACUUUUUCAACGUUGUGCUUAAGACAUUCGGUCAGCCCGGACCCAUUGCGCAAAUUUUGGCUGGAGUGGUACUAGGGCCAACGGCAUUAUCUCAUGUUAAGCAAAUACAAGAAUAUUUUUUCCUUCAGAGUUCUACAAAUUACUAUGAAGUUGUGAGCUUCUUCUGCAGAAUCUUCAUCACCUUCUUGUUUGGAUUAGAGAUGAAUACUCAAUACAUGUUGCUCAACCUACGUCUAGUCAGUUUGGUAGCCUGUGGAGGUGCAGCAGUAGGUGGAAUUUUUGGUUUAGGAGUGUCCUUUUAUCUGUACAGGCAGUUAACAAACAAUGCCCCUUUGCCAUACUUCUGCCUGAUCAUUAUGCUUAUCGUAUCAUACACAAGCUCUCCCUUGGUGAUUCGUUUGGCAUCAGAAAUGAGGUUGAUUGCAUCAAACAUGGGGCGAAUCGCGGUUUCUUCUGCACUAAUCACAGAAAUGACUUGCUUGUUAUUUUUCAAUCUGUUAGUUAACUGGCAUACAAAAAGUAUUCUGGGUGGAUUAGGUUGCCUUGUAAUUACUGGGGUGUUGAUUCUAAUAAACAAGCAUUUAGCCUUGUGGCUAAAUAAAAGACAUGUAAACCAAAAGUACCUAAAGGCUCCUCAACUAUUACUCAUCCUAUUCCUUCUUGUAGGGAACUCAAUGAUUAUAGAAAUUUGGGGUUUCAAUAGUAUAAUUAGUUGCUUUUUAGUUGGCUUGAUGUUUCCCAGGGAAGGUAAAACAGCUAGAACAUUGAUACAUAAACUAGGUUAUUCUAUUUACAACUUUAUACUUCCAGUGUACUUUGGCUACUUAGGCUUUCAGUGUAACCUCAUUGCCUUGAGAAAUCUGAAUGAUGUAACCAAUGUUGCCAUAUUGAUCUUACUGAGCAUUGCAAGUAAGCUUAGUGGCACUCUUCUGGCUUGUCGUUACCUUCAAAUUCCUCCAAGUGAAGGUAUUUUUCUUGGCUUCAUAUUGAACACCAGAGGCUAUGCUGAUCUUCUAUUUUUUGGGGCAGCUGCCAAGGGAAUAAUUGUAAAAGCUUACAAUGUGUUGUUAGUAGCAGUAGUGCUUAACACAAUUAUAUCAGGAAUAAUUGUUGCUUCUCUGACCAGAGCGGAUGAUAAAAUGUUUGCAAACCAACAUACAACUCUUGAAUCACAACAAGUGGAGGAUGAGCUUCGAAUUCUAGCCUGCAUGUAUGAUCCUCGUCAAGUAUCUGCUGUACUAGCAUUGGUUUUAGCAAUAAAUGGCUCCAGAACAUCACCGGCUACCAUUUACUCAAUGCACCUAAUAGAGCUUGUAAAGAAGAUCAAGUCAAAUAUGUUAUACCAUCAAAAAGAAAAUGCUGAGCUUAGUGAUGACGACGACUAUGGUGGCAAUGAUGUGGUGGAAAUUAAUGAAGCUAUUGACAACUUUACUACUCAGACAAAGAUUUUGAUCCACCAAAGAAAGGCAGUAUCUGCUUUCCCAAGUUUGUAUGAGGAUGUCUGCAAUGAUGCAGAGGACUUACACGUAACAAUUAUUUUGCUUCCUUUUCACAAACACCAACGUAUUGAUGGAAAAUUGGAAAGUGGGAAGGAAGGCAUAAGGACUACAAAUCAGAAGGUUCUCAGACAUGCCCCUUGUUCAGUUGGUGUCAUUGUAGAAAGAGGACUGAGUAGAGUUCCUGGCUUUUCACAACUAACUGCCUCUGAAGGCAUACAAAAUGUUGCAACACUUUUCUUUGGAGGUUCAGAUGAUCGUGAGGCCAUUGCUUGGAGCAUACGCAUGGCGCAACACUCUAAAAUCAACUUGACCAUCAUCAGGUUCCUACUCGCCUCUAUGCCACAAAGUGAGACAUCCACCGAAGAAUCAGAAGACAAAGAAAUUCUCAUGUCAUUGUCAGGGCAAGAAACAGUGAAUGAGAUUGAUAAUACCUUUAUGGUUGAUUUCUACAACCGCUUUGUGGCGUCAGGUCAGAUCGGAUAUGUGGAGAAGUUUGUGAGCAAUGGAGCACAAACAGUUCAAGUUUUCAAAGAAAUAGGGGAUAUGUAUUCUUUGUUCAUAGUAGGAAAGGGUGGAAGAGGACAUUGUUCACUGACAAUUGGUAUGAGUGACUGGGAGGAGUGUCCAGAACUUGGAACAGUUGGUGAUGUCUUGGCUUCUUCAGAAUUGGCCAUUCAUGGCUCAGUUUUGGUUGUACAACAGCAUAGGGAUGUGAAGAAAAACCUGAUGAAUGAUUGA